AUGAACUCACAAAGCCAAUAUUCAGAUUAUGCUUACAGUUCUGGCAGAAAUGUGAGAUUUGAAGAUCUUUGUGCUGAAAAUUCAAGCAAUGAACAAUCCAAUAGGAUAAUUCCUCCUUCUCCUCUCAGAUCAAGUCUAUCGUUCAUGGAUGAAGAUCCUCAAUCAACCUUAAAGUUUAGUCUCUCAUUCGGAUCCUAGGCGGCCAUACUUCCGACUCUCAGGCAAACCAACUUGGAUCCAACAGGCAUCCUAAGGUUCCACCCUCCACCGCCCUGGGUUUGCGGUACACUUAAGAAAAUUUCAUGUAUCUCGGGGAUGGCCAUCCAUCGCUGCGCAUCGUCCAUCCUUGUUCUCUCUAUAUUUCUGAUAAAAUUCGCAUGUGAUGUCACACCUCAUAAUCAAAUUCGCCAAACGAUGGAUUUCUGUUCGGGAGCACCAAAAAUUCAGAUGACGCCAUAUUUGAUUAUAAAGAUCCCCAAUCAGUCUCAGAUAGUCGCUCUCAAGUAACCAAAUUACAAGAAAAGCUUAGCAAAUGCAUCCAAAACGCAAAUGAUUCCCACAAAAAAGCCUCAAACCUCAUCAUGCUUCUAGAUCACGAAAAAAUUGAAUUCCUCAAACUGGCGGAAAAAGUAGCUAACCAAGAAUAUAAAGAGAAGAGUUUUUCUGUUGAAAAGCACAGAGAAAAAGUAUCUCUUGUGCUAAAUGACUUAAAAUCUCAAGAAAAAAACUUGCUGAAAGAGAUGAACUCACUUCAUGGGCCAUCUGAAGCUUAUAUUUCUUUAGCAUGAGAAAAACUUGAAAAAAUCAAUGAGAUAUUAAAUGGAGAAUCUGUGAGGAUUCCUAAAGUCAGUUUUGAAAUUGAAAUAAUUUCUAGAAAAGCAAUUGAAGACUUAAAAGAACGAUGCUAUUUGCUAUCUAAAGAAUGUGAUAGACUAAAAGAUGGCAUGCGGACUGUGGAGUACACCCCAGAUACCGCAAGACAUGGCCCGAAACGGUCAAUACGUGAUAUGGAAACUGAACUUUCAGAGCUAAAAGAGUCUCACGAUGUCCUUAUGAGUGAAAAGAAAAAGGUUGAAGAGGACAAUGAAAAACUGUCCAAACUUUCAUAUAAUGACCAAGAAUUGGACCAUUAUGUAACGCACAAGAUUUUCGACCUCAUCAAAAUGCUGCAAGACUUUUCUAACCCUAGAAUUGAAUCUGACUCUUGGCUUGCUUAUAAGUCCACUUUUAAAGAAGAAAAGCCAAUCCCAGACUCAAUUUCUCAUCUGAAAUGCAUAGAUGACUUAGAAAGGCUCGAACAAAGCAUUGUGUCAACUCUGAAGUUCCAGCAAGACAAAAUCAAAUUUAAAGACCAAGUCAGCGAAAAACUCUUGGCAUCCCUUAAAAAGUCAAGCAUAGAAGAAGCCCGAUCUUUGAAUAUGAAGCAGCAAACUUUACAAGAAGAAAUCAGACAAGAGGAGCGGUUUUUAAUCCAACGAGAAAUCGACAAAUUGUCAUCAGUCAACAAUAACAUAUCAAAAGAAAACCAAAGGCUGAAAGAAGAAAAUGAUAAUCUUAAACAAGCUUUAGAUGAAGAAAAUUAUCGAUAUGAAGAGCUUAAUGAGAAAUAUAUAAACUUAAAGCUAAACCAAGAGCAAGAAAUCGAAAAUGCGCUGAGAUCACAAGAGUAUACAUUCGAGCAGAAGCUCAAAAACUUGAAAACAGAAACUCAGGACAUUUUGAUUGAGGAUGAUAAUAAAUGGAAACUGAAAUCAGAAAGACUAGAAGAAGAACUGAGAGAAGUCAAAAAACAGCUUGAAGAAAGUGCACAAGGGAGGAAUCCACAGUAUGAAAGAGAGCUCCAGUAUGUGAGGACUAUUUAUAACGAUAAAUACGAAGAGCUGUUCAGGAUAACGACUGCACAGAUAAAUGAAUUAGAGCAGAAACUUAAGGAAAACGAACACAAUAAGCAAGCGGUCAUUGAUUUAGUGUGUAGUAAAAUUAGAAAAGAAGAGCAGGAAAUCAGAGAAAAAGAGUUCCAGAGGAUAAAUCAGCUACAUGCAAGAGAGCUGAAGCUGCUGAAUAAUGAAUUUGAAGAGUUCGUUAUGAAAGCCCAAGCAGAAACAAAAAGAUUAGCUAUUAUAGUAGACCAGGCGCUAUUAAAUACAGAAUCCACUGUAUUAAAAGGUGUCCAAUCAGAAAUCAGAGCUUUGGAGUCCCAGCUGUCUCAAAAGCACAAAAAAUCUAAAGAAGACUCGCUGUCACUUUCUUACAGCGCUUUUGAAGACUCAGCACAGUUCGGCGAAAGCCAAAAAUCCUGCAAACGAUGUGGGAUGAACGACAAAACAAGCCGAGAAUGCAAGUUUCACCCAUUUCUUGUCACUGCUGGGAGUGGAGAUUUCUUAUAUGGAAAAGAAUGGCACAAAUGUAGAGAAAAUGGGCAUGACCAAAACACGCCUCCCUGCAUGACCUGCAAAACACACUAUUACGGAAUGGAUAAAGAAGGGAAAAACUCAUUUAUCAAAAUUUGUGAAGAGUUUAAUCCAGAAACCAUGACUUUUAUGGACGGAUUUAAGAAAAUUCCAGCUCAGGAGUCUUCAGCUGAAAUGAGCUCAUAUAAAGAACCCCAAAUUUCAAUGCCUCUGCAAAAACUUGAUGCUGCUUUAUUUUAUAGUGAAAGAAAGCAAGAGCCAUACGAUAAGCCAAGGCUAAGUUCUGAAAAGGUGUCUGCUACUAAAGAAUUGGAAGGCUACUUAUCUAAAUAUAGAUCUUAA